CUGUUGCUGAGCUGCCGUGUCCACGUUUCACUCUCCCCACAUUUCGCCCCUCGCACCCCGCUGCUUUCUCGCCUCGCUUUGCUGGAACGUAAAAAUGGCAGCUUCCUCGCCGUCCCUCCCGCCGCCGCCGCCGCCGGCCGCGGCCUCCACCACGCUGGCCGGGAACCUCACGGCCUCCUCCCUCCUGUCCAUCCCGCCGCCGCGCCCGCGCCUCGCCGCGGCGCACCGCCGGGCGGUCGUGGCCGCCGCCGCGUCGCCCAGGCCUCCGCCGUCGCCUAAGGGAGGCGACGGAGACGAUCAGGACGUGGAGAGGGCGAUGGGGAUGGACGGAAGCAUCCCCGGGACCUCCGGCGAGUUCCUGCGCCGCGUCUCCUCCCGCGCCUACGGCAUGCGGCGACACCUCAUGGAGUCGCUGGACUCCCUCGCCUAUGAUGUAUUGGAGACAAACCCAUGGAGAGAAGAUUCCAAGCCAGUCUAUGUACUGGCCAGGAGUGAUAACCAGCUAUGGACAAUGAAAACACGCAGGAGCCGCAAUGAAGUUGAAAGGGAACUUGGAAUGCUUUUCUCAAAGGGAGGGGGUUCAGGAGUUGGAACUAAAUCAAAGUACUCUGGUUCCAAGUUUAACAUGGUUGUUGAAGAUAUCAGAGAGGGAGUGCUGGUAUUUGAGGAUGAGGAUGAUGCUGUAAAAUAUUGUGAUAUUCUUCAAGGUGGUGGUCAAGGGUGUGAGGGAAUUGCAGAGAUAGAAGCGUCAUCAGUUUUCAGCAUGUGCCAGAAAAUGAAAGCCCUUGCUGUUCUUUUCCGACGUGGAACGACUCCUCCAUUGCCUCAAAGCCUCGAGCGUGACUUAAGGGCGAGAAAACGGUCUUUGGAAGACUAGGAAUGUUGGUUUACACUGUAUAGAACUGUUAAUUGUAUUAUAGCUGUUGAAAGGCCAUAGGCCAUUUAUAAUAAACCACAUAGUACGUAUAACUCCCUAGCUGGAAUGAAAGAAGGCAGUCUGACAGUAAACACAGACGAUAGCUCGACAGUCGACACCAGAAAUCUCUUUGAAAUUGGAUAUUCUUGUAAUUAUGUACAUUCCGAAGCUCCAUUUUACAAUGAAUAAACGUGAUCCAUCAAGUUA